GCCAUGUGAUUGGCUGAUUUGAAAUUUGCGUUAACAAGCAGUUGUACAGGUGUACCUAAUAAAGUGGCCAGUGAGUAUAUACUGUAACUACAACAGAAACAUUUGUGUUUUUGCCCUUUCCACAUACAGAAACCAAGAACUGGAGAACACACCCAUAAAACAGCCGGGUGAUUUCGUAAAGUAUCUGUGGAAACAAAAAAUAACAGCUAGAUGGGUGCAGUGACACGCCCAUCUAGCAGAAGUAUUGGGUCAAGGGAAUGCCAUGAUAUGGCAGCCCAAACCAUCACUGAUCCACCCCCAUGCUUCACUCUGGGCAUGCAACAGUCUGUGCGGUACGCUUCUUUGGGUCUUUUCCACACCGUAACUCUCCCGGAUGUGGGGAAAACAGUAAAGGUGGACCAGGUAUAACCAGCUCUUUUCCUGUGAAAUAAAGUCCUUUACACAGACACAAACCACAUGCAGAGAUCGUGUGAAUGCUCAUUGUGUAGUUGGAUUUAGUUGCUCUAUUUUUUGAUUUAAAAAAUAUUUAAAAUAUUUUGGUCUUCGACUGUAUCAUUAAAUAGACAUAUGUUUUGUAUUAUGAUGUUGCACAGAAAUUUCUACCUUUGUUCACUGGAAACUGCAAUGUUGUGACUUUACUUUCAUGAUGUGGUUUAUCCACCUUUACAGAUCCAGACAGAUACAUUAAAAUGUCUUGUAUAUGUACUUCAGAACUCUGGACAGUGAUGCUACUGCUCCAUCCUCCUGUACCUGACAAUACUUGGUUCUGGUUGUAUUUCAGUGUUCGUGUCAAGGAAGAAAUCCUUCAAGUUCCUAAUUUAAAUUACAACAAUUACAUAAAAAUCCAUUAAACUAAGCACUUAGUCAUUACAGUAUUUUAGUGCAAAUGUGACUUUAAAUCCUGUAAAUAAAAUGUAAUUUUCUUAACAUGGGUUAGGAUUCGCUCCCUGCCACACUAGUUCAGAUGCUAUUUGUGUUUAGAAUCCACAGUGCGGUUAAAUGGGUUAACUUAUUUAAACACAUUAUUUUUUUACUGUAAUAAAUCAACCAAAAUCAUAUGUUAAAGUCCCAACCGCAGUUUUCACACAAACUCUCCUUGCAUGAGAGUUGUGUGCAGCUUGCACACAUGCAUUUAAGGAUCUGCAAACCUCUCCAUGCUAUUACUCAAGCGCUUAAACACAAGGUGUGUUGGUGUCUUUCGACGUAUUCUUUCCUGCUUGGCCAUACCUUAUUUGCAUGCAACCAUGAUGAUAAUUAACCAACACACCCUGGUUUCUGGCAGAAUACUGCAACAUGUGAGUUGGCUUUUGACAUGCGGCUCAUUGAAAUAAAUCCAGAACUUUCCGUUGUCUGUCUAAAUCAACACACACCUGUGAUAAAUUAUACAUCACUGAUUGCAUAACAUGUGAAUCCCUCUUUUAAGUUAUCAAGUAAAAGUUAAAGUAAUCAAAAGAUAUAAGGCUAGGCUUUAAAAAGUAGAAAUAAUUCUCAAGUUCAUAAAGGUAACAUGUAACCAACACAUUAUUGACAUGUACAUCUGUGCACUGAUGGGAAAAAGUGCUUGCCCCCUUCGUGAUUUCUUGUUUGUAUGUUUGUCAUGUAGAAAUGUUUCAGAACAUCAGAAAAGCUUAAAUCAGACAAAUAUGACACCAUUAAACACAAAAUGCAGUAAUCAAGGUGUUUAUUAUGAAGGAGAAAGAAAUCCAAACCUGCAUGUCCCUGUUGUGCAAUUAUGUUUAUUUAAUUAUGAAUAUUUAUUAAAACGUAUAUGUAACAAUCAUAAUUAAUAAUUUAACAUUCCUAACCAUGAAAGAUACUGUCAGAAGAAACAUUAUCAUCCAUCUUUACUUGUAUUUUCUAUAUUUGAGCUAUCUGUGUAUUCAUGAAAGUCCAAAAAAUAAGUAUUAACAGAAAUCUGCUUCAUAUCUUCAAAUGUAUAUUGUUAAGUGAUGGCUUUUUAUGAAGAUUGCUGUAGUGACACUACAGGUGCAUGAGUGUUAAAAACAAAAAGGUUCUGACUCAGAAGCAGAGUAAACCUCAAAACCAACGUCACAAUUAUAGUUUGCUUGGCAUGCUUUCAGGAAAUUUGUAAUCAGGUUGUGACAUGCAAUCCUUUGGGAACUUGACAUGUGGUUGGGUGUAGCAAGGGUUUAAAAAUCCACUUGUGCAUCUCUCAGUUUGUGGUUGUGUGCCUGCUAGAGGGAAUUCUAGUGUUUCUUUUUGUAAGAGGAAAAGUCCUGCAGAGAAAGAACAAUGAAGCUUGACGGGUCUAAAGACUACAGCAAUCAGAACAAAGUUUUUACUGGAGUAGACCUGCACAGUGACACCAACAACAAUGAUCACCGCACCAGCAAAGUAUCAGUGAAGAAGUUGAUUGUGAGACGAGGCCAGCCUUUCAAAUUAACCCUCAAACUGGCACAACCUUUCAAGCCCGCCUUUGAUCAGCUCACCAUGACUGUUGCGACCGGAGACUUUCCUUCUGAAGAGCGAGGGACAAUGUCGCGCUUUGGUGUCCCAGACAAAGUGCGGCGUUCAGCUUCUGCUAAGGCGGUAUGGAGAGCUGAACUCCAGCAAAGCUCUUCUCCUGAAACUGGAAUCUUGACUCUGACCAUUACACCCCCAGCUGACUCUCCAGUAGGGGAAUACAAGAUGUCUGCAACACUCAGGGAGGAGGAAAGGGAAUUGGCAAACCUUUCGGUGCUUUUCAACCCCUGGUGUCCAGGGGACUGGGUGUUUCUGUCUGAUGAGGAAGAGAGAAAUGAGUAUGUGAUGAAUGAACAUGGGAUAAUCUAUAAAGGAGCUGAUAAUUACAUAUUUCCAAUUACCUGGGACUACGGACAGUUUGAAGAGGAUAUGGUGAAAAUUUGCAUGAAGAUACUCGACCUCAACUUUAAACACAAGCGUGACCCAGCUGAUGACGUUUCUGCUCGUUGUAAUCCCAUCUAUGUCAGCCGCGUCAUCACAUCCAUGAUUAACACUGCAAACUCUGGUGGCAUCCUGCAGGGAAACUGGGGAAAUAAUUUUAGAGGUGGGCUCCCACCCACUCACUGGAGCAGCAGCUAUGCCAUUCUAAAAAAUUGGUAUAACUCCUGUUUCUCCUCAGUGAAAUUUGGACAGUGUUGGGUGUUUGCUGGCGUCAUGUGUUCAGUAAUGCGUCUGCUGGGCAUUCCGUGCCGUGUUGUCACCAACUACCAGUCGGCUCAUGACACCAACAGCAAUCUGACCAUUGACACCUACUAUGCUGACUACGGAGUUAAAGAGAAAGAGUCCAAAGACAGCAUCUGGAACUAUCACGUCUGGGUCGAAGGGUGGAUGAGGCGACCCGACCUGGCGCAAGAUCGUAGAUAUGAUGGCUGGCAGGCUUUGGAUCCAACUCCACAGGAAAAGAGUGAAGGUAUAUUCUGCUGCGGUCCAGCCCCAGUCUCAGCCAUCCUGAAUGGAGACACUAACCUCAAAUACGAUGUUCCAUUUGUCUUUGCUGCGGUCAAUGCUGACUGCAUAUCCUGGUUGGUGAAACGUGAUGGGUCUAUGGUGAACAUUCAUUCAAGCACAAGCAGAAUUGGGCAGAACAUCUCCACCAAGUCUGUCGGCAGCACCAAGAGGAUGAACAUCUCAGACAGCUAUAAGCAUACAGAAGGAACAAAACUGGAAAGAAUUAUCUUCCAAUUAGCCUUUGCCAGAUUGGAAACUGAAAAAGCAGGUGAGGGAGGAACAAGUCUUAGUGGUGAUAAAGUUGGAAAUCAGACAACAGGCAUGAACAACGGUUCUCCAGAAACCACUACACAAACAGCUGAUCAGAUAUGCAGUCCAACACCACCACCUCAGCUGCUCAUUCGAUUUGAAGAGGUGUCUAAGCCAGUGAACGGUGAGGACGUGAAUCUGAAUAUGAUUCUAAGCAGCACGAGCAGUGUUACCAGGGAGCUGUCCAUCAACAUCAAUGCACAGGCCAUGAAGUACACUGGACAACCAGCUGGAAACAUCUUCACUAAGCCAAUGAAGACGAAGCUGCUGCCUGGGAAAGAUCUCACCAUCCCUAUCCUGAUCCCGUUCUUAACUUACAACAAACUCAUGACUGAAUGUGAAAGCAUAAACAUAUCAGCUAUGAUUACCGACCAACAGAAGAGUGAUCAUGUGUUCCUGGCAGAGAACCGCAUUGUGCUGAUGAACCCCCCAAUAUCCAUUACCGUCCCUGGUGAGGGCAGAUUGAACAAGGAAAUGACUGCUGAAGUGCUGUUCAUGAAUCCUGUCAAGGAGAUACUGAAAGACUGCAGUCUGACUCUGUCUGGAAGUGGUCUCUUUAAUAGUGAGAUAAUUACCAGACUUCCAGAUCUGCUGCCAAACAACAGAGUUCGUGUCAAGUUUGAUUUCGUUCCCUAUAGGAGUGGAGAGAGGACUUUUUUGGUCGACUUUGACUGUGCCUCUUUCAGAGACAUCAAGAAAAGCUGCAGAAUCAUUAUAAGACCUUAAAUCUAUCUCAUGCACUUCCUGUGUUCCUUUAGAGCAAGAAUGAUGCAAAUGUUAAUACUCUUACAGAUACUACAGACUUGAUGUACUUGACACAUCAUGUACUCAUUGAAAGCAUUCCACCAACGUCUGUUAGCUCAAUAAAAUUCCUUCCCAAUCCAAUAAACUGAUUUAAAAUCCUAA